CGGAAAAGUACACUCUUUUCUGGGGCUAAAUUAUUCUAUUGAAGUCCCAGGUCUUUCUUAUAAGUCUUAUAAUAUAAACAGGAAAACAGCCAAAACACUUUGGUAUCACCAUCUCCAUGAUCUCUGCAGACAUAAAAUAGAAGACCCACAUCCAAAAAAAUGCUGUUAAAGAAAAUAAAUCCUUAGGCUUCAUUAGAAGAAAUCUUAAAGUACAAACACAAACAUUUAAAGGAAGAGAUCGCUCCAAACAUGUUAACUUAAGACCAAAGUUAGAACACUGAUGUACUACAUUUACCUAGGUGGGACCCUGGUAUUUACAAAUGAAUUUAUAACAUUGAUAGAAAAAGUAGAGACAGACGGCCAGAAAAUAUCAUGCAUGAAUUACAGAUGUGAUACAACUAUGUUACCAAGGUCACAGUUACUCCGUGUUUGUUUCUCUUGUUGGAGAAAUGUUCCAACUCAAUUAAACAGAUCAACAUAUUCAAGAAAUCUAUUAUGUUCUAAUAAGUGUGGACUCAGGUGGAAAAAAUCCCAACAGGCUGUUACAAGGGACUAUUCCAAUACAACAGAAAAUGAUCUUGAUAUAUCACAAAACCCAUACUUUGAUAAAUACAAGGGGAAAAUUAGUAAUAUACAAAGUACAUCUCCAGAAGAGUUUCAGGCUAGACUUGACCAACUGAAGGACAAAAAACUUGAGUCAUUAGAGCAGAGAAAACAGGAGAUUAAAGAUGCUCAAUCAGUUCCCAAACCUAGUGUUGAAAGUCCCCAGGGAACUGGUAACUGGCCACCAAGGAGUUUAGAUGAAGUAAUGAAAAUUGAUCUAAUUAAAGAUAAAAGUGCUGAAGAAAUAAAGAAGAUUUGGAGUCAAUAUUAUGCAGAAAAAGAUUGUAUCUUUGGAGCAGUGGAGGCUAUGAAUUAUGAAAGUUUAGUUUCUAAAGCAAAGACUUGUCCUCUUUUUAUGUACCCAUUACCCAAAGGAGAUGGUUAUGAAUAUUAUUUCUCACAGAUACAUGGAAAAGAUGUCUAUUUCACCCCACUGGGAAUGUACCAGCUUCUGAAAGAAAAUGCUCCUCCAUGUCUGACUGUAGCACAUUUUCCUGAAUUUGCAGAUGACAAAGGGAUAGUUUUGAUGGCUGGACAGUAUGAUGAAAAUAUUAUAAGUAAAGAAGAAGCCAUAAUAUUGGUUUGUCAGAUGAGUUCAUACUACAGUCCUAGUGCUGGAGAAAAAUUUAAUCUGAUCAGAUUGUUUAACCUAACUCCAGACAAAUUCAAACAUCUUGAUGUCUUAAAUGAAUAUGAAAAAAUGAAACACACAUUACCAUCUUAAUGGUUCUUGUAAUUCUAAAAAUAAACUUCAUUACCUGUA